CAGUCGAUCGAUGGAGCAACGGAGAAACCGUGUUAAAAUAGAGGAGUAAGAACACAGGUGGGGGUUUCAGUGAUGAUAUGAUUUAUUAAACUUGUUAAAUUGGUAAAUUGUACUUGAUUGUACUUGAACUGUUCACUCAACUACUUCCACCUUCGGCACUGAGGCCUUUGACGGUUUUUUCCAACCAAAAACUCGGACAAGUGAGGUUACAUCUCACACGCCAUCUGCUGGAUCACGAAAAUGGAGGGACCGCCAGUUAUCUUUGGAAUUUCGACCCGAAGUCCAACACACGCAGCUGGAUAAUGCCGUAAAAACGGUUGCAUAAAUAGUUAUCGGGGUACACGCAUGUUAGUGGUGUUCUGAGUAUUAACAGGGGAUUUGAGUGGGGAUGUCGGUGGGCCUUCGACAAUGAACACUCACCUAUUCCUCGGGCCAGUUGUCCAUACAAAGGAUAAUGGAGAGCUCGAGAUUUUCAAAAAUGGAAUGAUCCUUGUAAAAGAUGACAAGAUCGUGAAUGUUGGAGAGGCUUCAUCAAAUAUGGACGCAACGGCGGAGAAAAUAACUCAUUUGCAAAAGGGGCAGUUUCUGAUUCCAGGAUUCGUUGACUGCCAUAUUCAUGCAGUUCAAUUGCCGAAUCUAGGAAUUGGAUAUGAUAGAUCUUUAAUGGAGUGGCUCGAGAAAUAUACAUUCCCAUUGGAGAAAAAAUACUCCGAUGUAGAAUUUGCUGAUAGAGUUUACGAUGCUGUAGUUAAACAAACAUUGAAUGUAGGUACAACAACUGCUUGCUACUUCGCUUCGCUCUACGGAAAAACUUCCGCAAUUCUAGCAGUGAAAGCAUUGAAGUAUCGACAGAGGGCUUUCGUAGGAAAAGUCAAUAUGAACGCAGCUCGGGAUGAUGGGUAUUGCGAGACGACUGAAGAGUCUAUUCAAGCAACAACAGAGUUCAUCAACGAUGUCACCAGUUUUGGAGAUCCACUGGUGAAACCAAUAAUAACUCCACGAUUCGCCCUCAGUUGUGACAUGGAUCUGUUAACGAAACUUGGUCAAUUAGCGGUGGCUAACGAUGUCCAUGUGCAGACACACGUUUCUGAAAAUCUAUCAGAAAUUCAGUUAUGUAAAGAGAUGUUCCCAGAAUGUCCAAAUUACACUAGUGUCUAUAACAAGGCUGGGCUGCUCACGAGAAAGACAAUACUUGCUCACGGAGUCCAUCUGGAAGGCGCGGAGUUGGAAAUAUUGAAAAAUCGAAAGACCUCUGUCAUCCACUGUCCAACGUCAAACACGUGCCUUCGCAGUGGUCUCUGUGAUGUCAAAAGACUGAGAUCGAGUGGAAUAAAUGUUGGAUUGGGGACAGACGUGGCGGGGGGAAAUAGUGUAUCUAUGCUCGAUGUGAUGAGAUCUGCUAUUCAAGUGUCGAUUCAUCUUUCAUUUUCUAAAGAAGAAUAUGAACCUCUGAACUACGUCGAUGUCCUUCACCUGGCUACAUUGGGUGGCGCCAGAGCACUGGCAAUAGAGGAUCAGGUGGGCAGCUUUGAGCCCGGAAAACAGUUUGAUGCUCUUCUGAUUGAUACAAACAGUACCAACGGGCCACUCAAAAAUUUAUCUGAAUGGGAUGUCGAAGAAGAGCUGCAGAGAUUCAUUCACUCUGGGGAUGAUAGAAAUAUUGCUCAGGUUUUCGUUGCUGGUCAUCAAGUUAAAUAACAGUUGGGCAACAAUUUUUGAUUACCAAAUAUUCGUUGUUUUUGGGGAGACAACUCCACUUUCAUGUACGCACAUAACACCCUCAAUUGGGUUUACUACACUCAAAUACUUUCAUACUUACGUCCUAAUUUUAGUGCGUUCAACCCCCAGAUGAGCUCAGGUUUUCGUUGUUGGUCGUCAAGUUAAAAGAUUCAUUAUUUUUCUAUAAUUACACUUUCAUCUACGCAGUUAAUACCCUCAGUUGGGGUUGCUACACUCAUGUACUUGCAUAAUUACCCUUCAUUAAGGUACUUGAUCACCUCCUCAGAUAAUUUUAAUGCGGUCAACACGAGGAUGAUUUCCGAAUAAUUAAAAAAAAAUUGAAAAAUCUUAGCUUUUAAUGUUAAGAGUAAAUCCUGCUCUUGAACACAAACAUUUUCCCAUUCAAAAAAAAUGAAAUUUGAAUAUUUUUACAAAUUAUUUUUUUAAAGCUAGGAUAUAUACAUAUAGGAUAUAGGUUUAGAAAAUAGGAAAUCUGCAUGUAUAUUUUGGAUAUUGAGUCGAAAAUAUAAUUCUUUCAAUGUCAAACAGGAAUUCUGUACUGUAA